UUUGGGGGUCCUGCCUGCACCCUCGUAGCCCUGUAGCUUCAGUACUGGAUGAGAACGUACACGGGGAGCCCUGGACCCAUCCUGACCUCUGGGUCCAUUCAGUUUUGCGUGGUGGCUCCUUUCAGUCUCCUUGGCGAAGCCUAGGAACAUCUAGGCAGCCCAGGGAGUCCGUCGUCCUCCACGAAGUUGCUCCCCUUUGCUACCUGGUUUCCUCUUCAUCUCUCUGGUUGUUCUGAGUGUGCUUUCCCCAGUGGAUGGUGAUCCCUGCAGGGGAGGGCUGAGCAAACGUUUCAUGGUCCACUCCUGGUUUUACAGUCCGGGGGCUGGCCCUAGAAGGUUCUCCGGGAAUGUCUGUGGUGUAGGUUGAUGACAGCUACCUUCUCUCAGUAAUCAACCUUUUCCCAAGUGCGGAUCUCGUGAACAUGGAAUCCAUAGGGCAACCCUAAGUGUCUAUCCUUGUCUCCUCUCCAGGAAAUGGAGGCACAGAGAAGUCUUGUUCCCUUGCUCAAGGCCAUCCAGGAAAUGUGGUUUCUUCUGAUCCACUCGAAGGUGAUUUCAUGAAUUAGCUGGAAGGAAGCCAGCCCGGGCGUGGGUGCUAAGGGCUGAGACCCUGGAGCCAUGGACUAAAAUCCUUCUCCCGACUCUUUGGCUGAUAGCCACUCAGCUUUGGAGAGAGCAUGUCUUGACCACGAAACAGGAAAUCCAUGUGGAGGAGAGGACGGAAUCUGGGCUGUGGGCAGAGGCACCCCAGCCUUGUGCAGCUGUGCCUGUUGAAACCUCGAGAGAAACAGUGAAGAAGCCAGAAGGUUCAGUUCCUCCCUGAAGGCAAGUGGGGGUGAGACGCUGCCCCAGCAUGAACUGCACCUCCAGAAACAGGAAGUAGAAGCUAGAGCAGCUGUCUGUCUGCCAUGGCUUGUGAGCCUCCCACAGAUCCUGGUGGAGCAGCUGGUCCCCUGCCCACCUCUACCCUGGGCUGCAACACCCUGCCUCAGGGGAACCCUCCGGGCUGGGGGCAAGAGCUACACAAUGGCCAGGUCCUCACAGUCCUCCGGAUCGACAAUACCUGUGCACCCAUCUCCUUUGACCUGGGAGCUGCAGAAGAGCAACUGCAAGCCUGGGGCAUUCAGGUCCCUGCUGAGCAGUACAGGAACUUGGCUGAGAGUGCUCUUUUGGAACCUCAAGUGAGGAGGUACAUCAUCUACAAUUCCAGGCCCAUGAGGCUGGCCUUUGCUGUGGUGUUCUACGUGUUGGUGUGGGCCAACAUCUACUCCACCAGCCAAAUGUUUGCCCUGGGCAACCAGUGGGCAGGCGUGCUGCUUGCGACCCUGGCCGCUGUCAGCCUGACCCUGACCCUUGUGCUGGUCUUUGAGAGGCAGCAGAGGAAGCUCUGGUUUGUCUACUUCGACCUGGAGAACUGUGUGCAGUUUUUGUCCGAUCAUGUUCAAGAGAUGAAGAGGAGCCAAGAGUCCUUGCUGAGAAGCAGAUUAAGCCAGCUAUGUGUUGUCAUGGAGACUGGAGUGAGCCCUGUGGUGGAAGGGCCUGAGGAUUUGGAGGAUGCUCCCCUCCUGCCCAGCACGCCUGGUCCUCAGGAGAGACUGCUCACACAGACUGAACUCUAUCAGCUUGUUCCAGAGGCUGAGCCGGAGGAGAUGGCUCGGCAGCUACUGGCAGUGUUUGGUGGCUACUACACCCGGCUCCUGGUGACCUCUCGGCUCCCACAGUCAAUGGGAACACGACACAUGGACUCUGCAAGGAUCCCAUGCCCCUGCCAGCUUAUAGAAGUACACGUUCUGGGCACAGGAUGUUGCCCGUUCCUGGCUAGGUGACCUAGGGAUGAAGAUGUUCCUCUUCCUCCAAGACUGAGAAGUGGGGGAGGAGUCAGGAACCCAGCAUGGCCAACAGUGAGCUCAGAUGAGGUCAGCAUGUGGGGACACUUUAGCGAGUGUCAGUCAUGUAGGCCUUGGGGCCAUCAAGCACACACCAGAUGCCUUCUUGGCAUCACAUGUGCCCUGGCUUUGCUGAUAUCGGAGCCGGAGUUACCUGGGCUUGUGGCCCGCAUGGAGGAUCCUUUCUGUUGCCUACAAAGCCCUAGGGAACUGCAGCAGACUCCACAGGGUAAGUCCCCGACCCUUGGAGUCAGAAAGUGAGUCUGAGGCUCUGAGAGGAUGCUGCUCUCUCAGCACUGCCUCAGGCUGCCGAGGUCACAGUCCUACCUGCUUUCAGUGGUCGGCAGGGUGAGCUACCUUGUGAGCUACAGUACUGUCUGGGAUUGUUGUCUGCUAGCACUCAGGUUAUAGAGGACCAGGGUUGGAGGACAGGGGAGAGGAGGAGACAAAAAGCCGAUGCCCGUCAGCAGGGUACUGGAAAAGCAGACCCUGUUGGCCUCAGACUGUCUUUGCCACGUGCUGGCUUGAGAUGGGCUUCUGUCCUGCUGAGCCGCAGUGGUGUUUUCAGACACUAACAUUGUUCUGGAAUGACGUGUGAUCAGACACUCUGAGCUUGUGUGGAGAACUCAGAGACUUUCCCAGAGUUAGGAGACGGCCACAGUGCUGUGCCCAAAGCCCUGGCCUGGUGUGAAGGAGACGGUCCACAGCGCUGUGCCCAAAGCCCUGGCCUGGUGUGAAGGAGACGGUCCACAGCGCUGUGCCCAAAGCCCUGGCCUGGUGUGAAGGAGACGGUCCACAGCACUGUGCCCAAAGCCCUGGCCUGCUGUGAAGGAGACGGUCCACAGCGCUGUGCCCAAAGCCCUGGCCUGCUGUGAAGGUCUUACUCAAAAACCAACCUUUGUGGUUUUUGUCCCCCACAAAUCAUCAUCAUAAGUUGGAACUCUUCUUUGAACUGGCAUAUGUAUUCAUUCCUGUUGAACUCUUAUUCCACCCUCAAAACCCCACUCUCCGUAUCCUUCCUGCUGUUCUCUGUCUCAUUGAAAUCCCCUUAUGGAUGUUUUAUGUUAUUCCUUGUUUCUCCUGUACAUACCUCUUUUUCUGUCAAGACUGUAAACUCCUCAAGGUCCAACAUUGUACCCAUCUUCCUUUUGUGAAUGACCUGGACUGGCUUAGAAAAGAGAAAAAAAAUCUGAAAAGCCCCAUGGAUUGGUUGCCUUACCUGCUCCACCGAUUUUGGCAAAUGCCUCUGGCAAACAUGGUUGAGUGAUAAGACCCUGGUCACGAUGGACCAGAGGUCUGGCCCUGAGCUGUGCCCCUUCAUUUGCCCGUCUCGACAGGCUGGAUGGGUUUGGUAAUUUUCAGCUGCUUGUGCUGUUUGUUACUCAUAACCUCCGUGCACAGAGUGCUCCCCGGACCCCAAGCUGAGGUGUCCCUGGUGGCUGCCCACCUGCCGUCUCGGCGGGGCUGUGUGACCAUGGCUGAGUGCAGAUUCUCAGGGUGUCCACUCCUUUAUAUGGCGAUGCAGUGGACCAGAACCGCGCAGCUCAGGAGAUUUUUCUGGGGGAGACAUGUCCUACCUCUUUGUGUUCUGUGUUCAGAAUGGAGGCGUCCCCCAGCUGUGUGCCAGGGAAGCCUUCCUCAGUGGGACCGUUCACUGUCUUUUGAGCCACGGGAAAUGUCACUGUGAAGUUGAUCCAGGGAAGCCUGUGCUUGUCCUCUGGUCGCAGGACUCUUGAGGGUAGUGAUGGGAAAUAAAACUGUUUGGUGAGUGAUAGAGCAGCUUGCUCAUGGAGACUUGGUGUGGCCCUUCCACAUUCUCCCUGCCUGCUGGAUGGGACUUGUGGGGUGAGCCCACGGUGGACAUUUCUUUGUGUGUGCCUCAGUUUCCUCCCAUUGUAAAAUCCAUGUGUCUCACCUGUGUCACAAGGUUGCUAGGAGGCUGAACCAUCAGCCUUUACGUUAAAAACAUUAUUUUUAAUCAUACCCCUGUGCAUGCGAGUACUGGGAAUUAAACUCAGGUCCUCUGCGAGAGUGGUUCAUGCUCUUACCAUCUCUACAGCCCAGCGCUCGCUCUUAGGUCUUAAGGUUCGAUACCCAUCCCAGGCAGGAGCCAUGGACACACCGCCGCCAUGCAGGUAGGAGCAUUCAAAGCCAGGUCCGGCCUGCCAUCUUGUCACCGGGGAGGAGAGCUCGCGCCUGGCAGAUGUUCCAGACUGAAUGGAAACAGCCUUCAGUGCUUGCAACACCAAGUCACGAGCUGGAGCAGGAACUCGGUGACCUGUCGCCGUUUCUCUCCUAAAUUCUCGCUGUCUGGUAUACAGUAGGUGCUCAUAUGUGUUUGACACUUGUCUCAUGUUCAAUUGUUCCAGCACCUCAGGGCUGUGUAUGCAAAUAAAGAGUUGUCAAAUCUCUAGUU